UUUCAUUUAUUACUUGAGUUAUAAGAGCUAUGAGUUCAUCGUGGCCUGGUAGCACGGGUAGUGUAUUCUUUAGUAUUGUUCUGUGGUAAUGGUAAUUGAAAAAAUGGUAUUUACUAUUUAACUUAUAUGUAAUUAUUCUAUUAGUUUAUAUUAAGUCUAUGUUUAUAUCUAUAUUGUACAUUUGUACACAAAAAUACAAAAUUAUGUUUAUAUUAAGUAAUAAAUAAUAAUUUUAAAGUUUAAAUUCCUAAAUUAACUUAAUAAAUAUUUGUUUAAAAAUUAUAUCAUUUUUUUUUACAAAAUAGUACCUAAUCAAUUAAUGUAGGUAUUUAGAGUAAAGUAUACCCGUUUAAUUUUUAUUUAUUCACUGUGAAUUGGAAAUGUCUUCUUCAGAUAUUGUAUCUUUAGAUGACAACAGUAUAGUGAUAAAUGAUUUACCAAAUGAUACAGAAGCAGCUAUAAGGUAUAUUAAGACAUUAUUACCAGCAAAUUUAAAGGAUACAUUUAAAUAUCCACCAAUUGUAUUUAUUCAUCAACUUUAUGAUAUAGUACACAAUAAGACAUUGAUUAAUAAAGAGCUGGAUAUAUUAAAAAAACAGUGCAAAAUACAAUUACUCACAAUUGGAACGUCUGAUUCUUCUUCAGCAUUAAUAUUAUAUGAAGAUUAUGUAAAAUAUACUUUAAAAAUUUAUCCAGAAAAUUGUUGUGUCAAAAAAUUUUUAAACAUUAUUUUACCUUCAAUAAAGUCAUUUUUAGUGGAAAAAUCGACUUUACAACAAAAAUUUAAAUUACAGCAAUAUGAGUUGACAGAAUUGAUCAACUGUGGACUUUUAUUGAUUAGAAAUCAAGAAAGUUAUUGGGUAUCUUUUCCAUCAUCAGGAAAUUUUAUAAAGCGUUUCAUUGAAGGUCGAAAAUAUAUUAUUCAAAUAAUUAAACGGAAAAAAUUUCAAGAAAUAUUAGAAAAUGACUUAGAAGUUCGAUGUGCUAAAGUAUCAAAGAUAAAAGAACUCGGUUUCAAAUACUUUUUACACGAAAUUAAAGGAUCAGAAGAUAUAAUAACAAUGAAUACAACAUCAGGAUGUCUUUUAAGAAUAAGCUAAACAACAAUUGUUAGCGUGUUGAAUGGGAUUAUUUCACAUUAUAUUCUAAG